AUGAGACAGUCGCUCAUAUCCGUCAUCUUUGCCACUGCGCUCUUAUUCGAGAGUUAUGGCCUGUCAGCGGCGUUACCGAUGGGCAAGACUGAAGACGGCUCCUUGGAGCAGGAGGCUUUGCUGCUGAGCGACGAAGCGACAGAAAACGGCCUCGGCGACGCAGAUCUGGUGACCAAAGCCAGAGGACCGAGAGUGAUCGUCAUCGCCGCCGAUCCCAGCCUGCUGAGGGACCUCCGGGUGCUGCACAGCGGACUUUCCCUCUACAAACGGAGAGCUGACGCCGACAACGGCCAGGUCACCGAGCACCGAGACAUCGGACAGGACCUGAACAUCCCCAUCCUGAGGAGGGACACCAUGAGGUGCAUGGUGGGACGAGUGUACCGGCCCUGCUGGGAGGUCUAG